AUGGGUUCAAGUAAGCUAAAACGCGCCAUAGGAGCUGUGAAAGAUCAGACAAGCGUAGGAUUAGCCAAAGUUGGAGGUCGAAGCAGUUCUGUAACGGAACUCGAAGUAGCCAUCGUGAAAGCGACGCGGCACGACGAAUAUCCAGCGGAAGAGAAAUACGUCAGAGAGAUCUUAAGCCUAACGUCUUACUCACGCAACUACGUUAACGCUUGUGUGACAAUUCUCUCUAGACGUCUUAACAAGACCAAGAACUGGUCCGUUGCUCUCAAAACAUUGAUUUUGAUCCAACGGUUGUUGACAGAAGGCGAUCGAGCCUACGAGCUAGAGAUCUUUUUUGCAACAAGACAAGGGACGAGACGAACAGCUUGA